AUGUCUGUGGAUUUUUAUAAAAUACUGUAUAACUGGAAAAAUACACUGGGUAAUCCAUUAGUUACAAUUACUAGAAAUUAUCGAGUCAAUACAGCUACUAUCACCCAAUCUCGUUUCGGAAGGUAUUCCUAUAAACCAAAAAAAGAAAAAUAUUGGGUUCCACUUCACUGUACAAAUGAAGAUAAUUUGGACUUUGACAAUACUUCUGUUACUAAUUGGGUGAAUCCUGAAAUAAAUUCACUGGAAAUUCCGGCACCUGACUAUAAUAAAUGGCUUAUAUGUAACAAAAAACAGCUAGGUUUCUAUCGUGUUAAUUAUGAUGAUAAAAAUUGGCAGCUGAUAAUAAAAUACAUUAAUUCAGAUAAUUACGAUAGAAUCCAUCAUUUAAAUCGUGCUCAAUUAAUCGACGAUACUUUUCUUCUCGCAGAGAUUGGAAACGUUGAUUAUAGAAUAACUUUCAAUCUAUUAAAAUAUCUUGAGUACGAAACUCAUUACAUUCCAUGGAACUCAUUUUGGAAGCAACUCUCACGAUUUCAUAAAUCAGCUCUACCAAGUUCAAAAUUUUAUGAUGUGUUCAAGGCUUUUGUGAUAAUGAGAACUAAAAAUUUCGAAGAACGUAUUUUUAUGGAUGAUGAGUCAAAUGACGAUCGAUAUUUGAAAAGUUUACGAAAAAAAUUCAUACACUGGACCUGUCAAUUCGGUUCGAAUUUAUGUAAAAACUAUACAUUUUCAAAACUUACCAAAUGGCUGGAAGACCCAAAAAAAAAUUCAUUACCAAAUAAUUUUAAAAAAGAAAUCCUUUGUGGUGGAAUGCGUAAGGCUGAUCAAAAGACAUGGAAUCAAUUGUGGGAUAAAUUUUAUCACCAUAUAUCAGAUCAAGAGUCGUUAAACGCUCUGGGAUGCUCCUUAGAUGACAAUAUUCUAAAAAAUUUUAUAGCAAAAGCUGUAGAAGAUAGAUUUAGAAGUAUAUAUCCUUGGACAUUGUUUGAAGUUAUUGGAGGACAAAGUUAUAGAGGUAUUGAUGUUAUUUUGGAGACUAUGAACAGUAACCAAACAGAGUAUAAUGAAAAGUUUACAAAGUACUAUUUAAUAAAAGCUGGAGUUGCAGGAGUAAUUAAACGCAUAAUUACCGCCACCCAAUAUGGAAAAUUGAAAACUAUACUAAAUAAUAACAGCAAUAUUAUCAAUAACACUGAAGCUACGAAAAAUUUAAAAAUUGCGGAAAUCAGCCUAAAUAACGCGCAAUGGCGAUUUAAUUCAAUGAAGAAUUUUUUUGAGGAAACAAAUACUAAAACAUGUUUAUCGAAAGACAAACCUCCUAAAAUCAAUUAA